CCUGCUGCCUGACUUUGAAGGCUGAGGCAUCUCUUGCAUGUCCAGGGGUGCUUCAGAAUUGUUGACAAUGCAGGAGUAUGACAUUAUUGUUUUGGGGACUGGGCUUAAGGAAUGUAUUCUUUCGGGCCUCUUGUCAGUAAGUGGGAAGAAAAUUCUCCACAUUGACCGCAAUCCAUACUAUGGAGGGGAAAGUGCCUCACUCUCUCCCCUGGAUCAGCUCUAUAAAAAGUUCCAGGUCUCAGGUCCUCCCAAGUCUAUGGGCCGGGGCAAAGACUGGAAUGUUGACCUCAUUCCCAAAUUAGUACUGGCUAAUGGUCUACUGGUGAAGAUGCUUCUGUACUCAGAGGUGACCCGCUAUCUGGACUUUAAGGUGGUUGGGGGAAGUUAUGUGUUCCGGGGUGGAAAGGUUCACAAAGUCCCAUCAACCGAGGCAGAGGCCAUGGCUUCAGAUUUGAUGGGGAUGUUUGACAAGCGGAGGUUCCGUAAGCUGCUGCAGUUCAUUCAGAACUUUGAAGAGGGCGACCGGCGAACCCACCAUGAGAUAGACCCCAGCAGAACCACGAUGCGGGAGGUGUUCCGUCACUUCGACCUGGGCCAGGAUGUUAUAGAAUUCAUGGGACAUGCCAUGGCACUGCAACAAACUGAUGGCUACCUGGACCAGCCCUGCAUAAACACCAUCCGAAGAAUCCGACUGUACACCGACUCUUUGACUCGCUGCGAUCAAAGCCCCUUCCUCUACCCUGUGUAUGGCCUGGGAGAACUACCGCAGGGCUUUGCCAGGCUGAGUACAGGGCAUGGCGGUACGUACAAGCUGAAUCGACAGGUGGAUGACAUUUUCAUGGAGGAUGGGAAAGUUGUUGGAAUAAAAUCUGGAAAGGAUAUAUUUCGCUGUAAGCAGCUCAUCUGUGACCCCAGCUACAUGCCUAAUCGUGUGAAAAAGGUGGGCCGGGUCAUACGUGCCAUCUGCCUGCUAAACCAUCCUAUCAAGAACACACAUGAUGCCAGCUCUUGUCACAUUGUCAUCCCUCAAUCACAGGUCAAUCGCAAGUCAGAUAUCUACAUCUGCAUGGUCUCCUACACACACAGCGUCGCAGCUGAAGGAAGGUAUAUUGCCGUGGUGAGCACUACUGUGGAAACUAGUAACCCUGAGAAGGAAGUCCAGCCAGGACUGGCACUGUUGGAACCCAUCCAGCAAAAAUUUGUCUCCAUCUCUAACUUCAUGGUUCCAACAGAUGAUGGGAGGCGGAGUCAGGUCUUUGUCUCACGCUCCUAUGAUGCAACAGCACACUUUGAGACAGAGUGUGAUGACAUCAAGGACAUGUACUACCGCAUCACGGGGAAAGAAUUCACCCCUGCAGACAUACAGAGAGACCAAUUUGAUGAUGAAGAUGACAACUAGAUGGCAGACAUUUGUGGAUGGCAGGAAGAAUAUUAGCACGUGGCCCAAGGUAUUAUUAGAAUAAUAAUAUACAGUUGUUGCAUAGUUGUUUGUAGUUUUGUUUAUCCAUACUCAAAAAGGCUCUAUUAAAAUCUGAUCUACCCCUGUUCAAUAUCAUUAUCGCUAGUCAUUUAACACUAUCCACUAAAUGUUGACAUAUGCUAAUUUUACAAAUGAAAAACAUUACAAUGUCCACUACACCUCUCCUGUAUAUUUGACAUGGCGUUCAUGGUGUACUUGGCUGUGUA